GUUCCAUUUUUGCAAUUUUGUCUAGAUUGUUUUUAAAAAAAAUAUGUAAUAUGGUGAGUUGAAAAUUCCAAGUAGACCAUAUACUAGACUGUGAUGAAAAUUUUACCAAUGAUUGAAAAUACAUACAAACAAUAAGAAACCAACGAAGAAGUCAGCGACAAUCCCUCCCCCGACCAUCACAAAACCAAUUACAAGUUUCAAACACCACAUAAAAAAAAUAAAAAGAAGCUCACUUGCAAAGCAAGAUCCGAGUUUAGCGAGUUGUUUCUGAAUGCCUCAAAUUGGUGAAAUCUUCAAUCUCACCAAAACAAGAGAAAGAAAGUUUUUCUUCCCGAGUGAGAGAUGGCCUCCGCCGAGGGAAUCACCAAACACGACAAAUUUGAGGAAAAGAGCAAAGAGAGGUUGCUAUCACGAAAAGGGUACUCCGAAUUCGGGUUCAACAACUCCCAAGACGGAGACGACGACGAUGAAGAAGGUGGCAACUCUAACGUUAACUGUGGAUGCUUCCGAUCACUUUCCGACGGGAUCAUCGGGUUUUUCAACGGGAUCCCUAGCGUAUUGGUCGACCUUUACAGGAUGGGGAAAUCUGAUCCGAGGAAGGUGUUCUUCGCCAUCAAAAUGGGUCUCUCUUUGGCCACUGUUUCGAUGCUUAUGAUCAUGAGAAGACAUUUGAACGACGCCAGCCAGUAUUCCAUUUGGGCGAUUAUCACUGUCGUGGUGGUCUUUGAGUUCACUGUGGGUGGCACGUUGAGCAAAGGAUUGAAUCGCGGCCUGGGCACAUUCUCAGCCGGGGCGCUUGCCCUGGGAAACGCAGAGUUGUCCGUAUACUUUGGAAAGUAUCAAGAAGUAGCCAUAAUAGUCAGCAUAUUCAUCUCCGGGUUCUGUGCGAGUUACGCCAAACUCUAUCCACCCAUAAAGCAAUACGAGUACGGAUUCCGGGUGUUCUUGCUGACAUACUGCAUAGUACUGGUGUCCGGAAUCGACUCGUCCUUCAUCCGAACGGCGAUCUUCCGGUUUCUCUUGAUCGGCGUCGGCGCCGGGGUCUGCUUGCUCGUCAACAUAUGCAUAUACCCGAUAUGGGCCGGCGAGGAUCUCCACAAGUUGGUGGUUAAGAAUUUCAGGGGCGUGGCUGCUUCGCUGGAAGGUUGUGUGAAUGGUUACCUGCAGUGUUUGGAGUACGAGAGGAUUCCUUCCAAGAUCUUGAUAUACCAAGGCUCCGACGACCCUGUGUACAGUGGGUACAGAUCUGCGGUGCAGUCGACUAGUCAAGAGGAAGCAUUGCUAGGGUUUGCUAUAUGGGAGCCACCACAUGGUCGUUAUGGGUUCUUCUGUUAUCCGUGGCAAAAUUAUAUGAAAGUAAGUGGAGCGUUGAGGCAUUGUGCUUUCAUGGUCAUGGCUAUGCAUGGAUGCAUUCUUUCUGAAAUUCAGGCACCACCAGAAAAAAGAAAAGUUUUUGCUGCCGAGCUACAAAGAGUAGGAAACGAAGGAGCCAAAGUGCUGCGCGAACUCGGAACAAAGCUAGAGAAAAUGGAGAAGCUGAGCCCCGGAUCAGACCUACUCCUCCAAGUCCACGAGGCAGCAGAAGAGCUCCAAACCAAAGUGGAUCUCAAAUCCUACCUUCUGGUCAACUCGGAGAGCUGGGCCGGCAGGAAACAACAGCCCAAUAAGGAAUUCGAAAACGAGGCCCAAGAUGGGAAAGACGAAGAAGGAGCCAUCCACUCCAUCAAUGAUCGGAGCAGUAGCUUGCGCGAGUGGACGGCGUCGUGCGAGAGCAUCCAGCAACCGCCGUUGUCGUGGCCGAGGAUCUCGUUCGUGGGCGGGCCGGUGCCGAAUUUGGAGCAGGAGUCGAAGGUGUACGAGAGUGCUAGCUCUCUUUCCUUGGCCACGUUUGCUUCUCUUUUGAUUGAGUUCGUGGCCAGGCUUCAGAACCUGGUGGACGAGUUUCAGGAGCUUGGUGAGAAGGCGAGGUUCAAGGACGUUGAAGAAGAGCAGUUUGGUGGGAAUGUGGUGCCACGUCCUGGGUUCUGGACUAGGCUUAAAAGAUGCUUUGUGUUGUAGUACGUACGUUGUAAUAGUAUGAUAGUAUAUCUCGACUAAUUGGGACGUGUGAUAGUUUCUAUCUUUCCUAUUAAGUGGAUUAGUAGUGGUAAUUGAAAACCAAUUAUAUUGAUAGACUUUAUACUUUCGUUCGCUUAGUUACUUUGUUAGUUUAUUUGUUGGUACAAUUCUUUUACUUUUACAGAAAAAUGAACUAAUUGACAGAGACUUAAUUUCCUUUGGUCAAUAAAAAAAAAACUACCAUGAUCACAUGAAAAUUGAAAACAAGAUGAUUAGUAGUUCAUCUAAAGAGGAUUUGGUGCGUGAGUUGUUUGAUGAAGCAUAAUGUUUUGAUUUCGCAUAAUGUCUCUUCAUUAAUCCGUCAUGGUACAGGAACCUGGAAUGAGGAUUUGGUGCGUGAGUUGUUUGAUGGAGCAUCUGUUGUUGUGAUAUUGUUGAUUAUUCUUUCUGUCUUUCCUUUGUCUGAUCGACUUAUUUGGCAUUAUGAGAAUUCUGGGGUGUAUUAUAUUAAAUCGGAGUAUCGUCUUGCCUCUUCAGAAUUUGUCAAAUACACUUCCACUAUUCCUAUAAUCUUCGAUUCUCGUGCAUGUAAGUUGUUAUGGGCCUCUACCAAUUCCUUCUAAAUUCAAAAUUUUCUUGUGGCAUUUGGUCAAAUGCUUUCUUCCGGUAAGAGAUGUUUUGCAUGAUAAGGGAUUGAUUGAUGAUGAGGAUUUUGAGGCUUUUUCUUGUCCCGUUUGUUCAUCGUCGGUUGAAACUCUGGAACAUUGUUUCUUGUCUUGUCGUGUUGCUAUUGAGCUAUGGAAUUUGUUGGGCUUUGGUCAUAUUUUAUCAAUUGUUCGACUAACGCAUAUGGCUAUUGAGUGGCGUAGGUUGUUCCUUGAUGUAGGUUUAUCCAUGGAGGUGCUAGCUUGGUUAGUAUUUAUGUAUUGGCGCAUAUGGAAAGCUAAGUGUUUUGCUACCUACGAUCAUUUACAGUUAUUGCCUACCACUCUAAUCCAACAUUUUGAUGCACAAGUUUUUGAGUGGGAUUUGGCUCAUGCACAACCGAGGCAUGCGUCGAGGCGGCUAAUCAAUUCUGGUGAUGAUUCUUCCUCUUGGAUGUUCCUGCCUCCUCCCAUCCCGUUACAAGCUUUCAGGGCGCAUUUUGAUGGUGCUACUAAAGCUACCAUGGGUGGAGCCAUUGGUUUCAUCGGAUUUGCGGGGGAUAAAGUUAUCUCCUUUGCAUUAAGCCGAUACUACCCAUUCAUAUUUGAUGCAUUCCUAAUGUAGCUCCUUGCUCUAUGGGAUGCAGUUCGUUGGUGUUUGACGGAUCAUACAUUAACAUUUUGUUUUGUGGUGAUGCGCAGGUUGUCAUACGACUGGUUAAUGCGAGAGACUUGUCACGCGCAAUUAGCGGAGCUAUCCUGCAAGAAAUCCAGGUGCUGCGUACAUCUUUUCAGGGUGCAACGUUUCAUUUUGGGGCGCGAAGGUAUAAUAGGACUGCCCAUUCCAUGGCACAACUGGUUGAUAGUUAGAUGGGAAAUAGUAGUGAACUAUCUACAGAAGCGUUUGAUAGAUUUGUUUGUUAAUGGGGAUAUAAUAGUGAAUACCAUUCUUUCCAGAUUUCAUUCUCAUAUGAAGAGUCUUGCUACUGCUUGUAACUUGUAUCCGAUAUGCCGAAAAAUCGAUCCCUCUGCUCCAUCUAUUGUGAAUGGAAACACAAUGCGAAAUUGACACCGCCAGCACAAAGCUAUUCCAUCACACAAAAUAAACAUGUAGAAGGCCCUUGUUGAGUUGGAUCAUACACUUGUCAACCAACGUUUUUUUCUUAGUUUCAUUUAGUAGCCUAACCUGCAUACGUCUUGUAUAUUGACGUAUGUCUGCUGUUUCCCGCGGGAAUACCUAUGGCAAAAAUAUAGACCUAAAUAAUUC